GGAAAUGGGGUGCGACGAGUGGCCAAGUGGUUGCCGGUGGAAAUGGAGAAGGAAGUGGGGCUCAUCAAUUGAAUGAACCUCGAGAUGUGAUUGUCAACAAAGAGAGAGAUUGUCUAAUCAUCUCCGAUACUUCGAAUAGAAGAGUGGUUCGAUGGCCUCGUCGAAAUGGGACAAGUGGAGAAACAAUCAUCUCCAACAUCUCUUGUUGGGGUUUGACAAUAGACGAGAAUGGAUCUCUCUAUGUCGUUGACUUGGGAAAAAAUGAAGUGAGACGAUAUCGAAGAGGAGAAUCUCAAGGAACAGUGGUUGCAGGUGACAAUGGAAGUGGAAAUCGUCUCGAUCAACUCUCUUACCCACAAUACGUAUUCGUCGAUCGAGAUCAUUCAGUCUACGUGUCUGAAUGGGGAAAUCAUCGUGUGAUGAAAUGGGUGGAAGGUGCAAAACAAGGCAUUGUCGUGGCUGGUGGUCAAGGAGAAGGAAAUGGUCUUACACAAUUGUCAUAUCCCAAAGGAGUCGUUGUCGAUCAAUUGGGCACUGUCUAUGUGGCUAAUGCAGGGAAUCAUCGAAUCAUGCGUUGGCCCAAUGGAGCCAAACAGGGAAGUGUUAUUGUUGGUGUAAACGGUGGAGGAGGACAAUCGAACCAACUCAAUGUGCCCAUCGGUUUAUCAUUCGAUCGACACGGCAAUCUCUAUGUCGUCGAUUUCGGAAAUCAUCGAGUACAAAAAUUCAAUAUCUAUUCAACUACAUAA